UCAUCCCAAGCACUUCUAUAGUUGCCACCACUCUAUUACUAUUGCAGAAAAGAGAAAAAAAUUAGGGCUUGGGAUAUGGCUUCCAAGAGCUCUGCAUCAGUGGCUUUCUUCCUUUUAGUUAACCUUCUCUUCUUUGCCAUUGUCUCUGCAUGUGGCACUUGCCCUAAUCCUCCUAAGUCAAAGACUAACCCCAGGCCAACUCCUAGCCCCAGUCCGGCUAGGGCCACUUGCCCUAAAGAUACCCUUAAGUUGGGAGUAUGUGCCGAUUUGCUUGGCGGGCUGAUCGGAGUUGUUGUGGGUAACCCUCCAAAAACCCCAUGCUGCUCUCUCAUCCAAGGCCUUGCUGAUCUUGAGGCUGCUGUUUGCCUUUGCACUGCCAUUAAAGCCAAUGUUUUGGGCAUUAACCUCAAUAUCCCUCUUUCUCUUAGCUUGCUUCUCAAUGUCUGCUCAAAGAAGGUCCCAUCUGGCUUCCAGUGCGCCUAAACAAAUCACUGUUCCUUCUCCUCUUUCGUCCUUUUGCUCGUUCUGCGUGCGUCACAUGAAGUUCUGGUUUAAGAUGGGUAUAAGUGGUAACUGCUCGUCUCCUUUGUAACAAUAUAAUUGUGUUUUUGUGCUGGAAUAAUAGCGAAUAAACUUCCCAUUCUGUAAACUCAAGUGAUCAGUUCCUAAUGUCUACUUACAUAUGCAACCGCAUAUAUGGGAAAUAAAAGAUUAUUUAUGUUUACUAA